GUUUGCCCCACUGUUUCCGAGACGUUCAGGGUCUUGCCUGGACGGAGGUGCUCCCACCGAGCACAGCUGCGUCUACAAGUCCUUAUCGAUGCGAAUCAUUGCCCUCAUCUUCUACGCAACAGUCACCAUCCACGAAUGAAGAUUAAGCGGUAUGCCAAAGGAAAAAUAUGAUCCUCCGGAUCCUCGCCGAUGUUACACCAUCAUGACAGCCGAGGAGGCGGCCAAUGGAAAGAAGUCUCAAUGGGCCGAGCUCGAGAUAUCUGGGCGAGUGCGAAGUUUGAGCAGCUCGUUGUGGACGCUGACGCACUUGACAGCGCUGCACAUCAACGACAACAAUCUGACACGCAUCCCCCCCGACAUCGCAAAACUGCCUCGUUUGGUCUACCUGAAUCUGUCGUCCAAUAAGCUCCGCAGCCUACCUGCUGAACUGGGCAACAUGGUCUCUCUCAGGGAACUGCUUUUAAACAACAACCUUUUACGUGUUCUGCCUUAUGAACUUGGGAAGCUUUUCCAGUUACAAACGCUGGGACUGAAAGGAAACCCUCUGUCACAAGACAUUCUCAACUUGUACCAAGAGCCCGACGGAACACGAAAGCUUUUAAACUACAUGCUCGACAAUCUAGCCGUGCAUCCGGAGCAACUCCCCCAAAGACCGUGGAUCACACUUCAAGAACGAGACCUUACGCUGCCCACAGCUGCCUUCACCGUCAUGUCCUACAAUGUGCUGUGCGACAAGUAUGCCACAAGACAGCUCUACGGCUACUGUCCUUCCUGGGCCUUAAGCUGGGAGUACCGCAAAAAGGGCAUCAUGGAAGAGAUCAACAGCUGCGAUGCUGACAUCGUCAGCCUGCAGGAGGUGGAGACUGAGCAGUACUACUCUUUCUUUCUGGAGACGCUAAAGUCGCGAGGUUACGACGGCUAUUUUUGUCCCAAAUCCCGUGCCAAGCUGGUGUCAGAGCAGGAGAGGAAGCAUGUAGAUGGCUGCGCGGUCUUCUUCAAAACUGACAAGUUUACUUUGGUCCAGAAACACACAGUGGAGUUCAACCAGGUGGCUAUGGCCAACUCUGAAGGCUCCGAGGUGAUGCUCAACAGGGUGAUGACCAAGGACAACAUCGGUGUGGCUGUGCUGCUGCAGGUCAACAAGGACUUGUUCUCUGGAGGCACAAAGACGGCUCCGGAGAAGCCACUUGUGCUGGUUGCCAACGCCCAUAUGCACUGGGACCCUGAAUACUCAGACGUAAAGCUGAUCCAGACAGUCAUGUUCCUUUCUGAGCUCAAGAGCAUCGCUGAAAAGGCGGCGGGCGAGUCAGAUGCGUCUCCUAUCCCUAUUGUGCUGUGUGCCGACCUCAACUCGCUGCCUGACUCUGGUGUGGUGGAGUACCUGAGCAACGGCGGCGUGGCCGACAACCACAAAGAUUUCAAGGAGCUGCGUUACCAUGAGUGCCUCAGCAACUUCAGCUGCAGCAACGGCGGCAACGGCAACAACACCAGCACCAGUGGAAGCGGCAACAACAGCAACAGCGGUGGUAGCGUUACGCAUAAUUUCCAGCUCAAGAGCGCAUACGACAGCCAUGUGAUGCCUUACACCAACUACACGUACGACUUCAAGGGUGUGAUCGAUUACAUCUUCUUCUCACGCAAGCAUAUGAGUGUUCUUGGCGUGCUGGGCCCGCUGGAUGCCAAUUGGUUGUCUGAAAACAACAUGACAGGCUGCCCGCACCCCCACGUGCCCUCGGACCAUUUCUCACUGCUGGCCCAGCUAGAACUACGACCUCCACCGCCCUCGUCUUCCGCUUCCACACCACCACUGCCACGUCAGCUCAAUGGCCUCCACCUGCCCCCCGUCCACAGGUAGUGCUGCCUAAACAAGUGGAAGAAGACACCUCCUGUCCACCUAAAGGACCCUGUACAGUUUCAUAUCAAGACAUCAUCUUCUGGAAGUAUUUGCCUUAUGUUGCACACUGAGAAUCUUUUACUUUCAUGAUCCUCCCCUUCAUAAAAGAUCAAAGCCAAAUGUUACCACAGUGACCUCAAUACUAAAUAUUUUUUAAACACGCAGAAGUUUGUUCUAAUAUUGUUACUUGUCUUUGCCACCCAACUCAAAAUUGACUUUUUACCAGGUCAAACUAAUUCCCAGUUUGUAGAGUAAACACUACAGUCUAAUUAGAGCAAUAAUUUUGAGAACUAUGAAGUGGAUAUAAAUUUAACACACCCCUGUUUAAAUUCCUAGUAGUUUAUUGAUUUUUGUUUAAAAAAAAAAAAAAAUGAACUGGGUUGUGUGGACUUUAUGCACUUUAUAUAAAAACUAAAGUUGUUUUCAAGAAAAUAUCGUCGGAGUUGACACAGAAUUACUAAGUAUUUUUAAAACAAAAUUAUUCUAGGAGAAAAUUUUAAAGAACGAAGAUUAAAAGGUGCAUUUAUUAUGAUGAAAAUAUUUCAAAUUGUGAUACUGCAUUUCUUUAGAGAAUUUGGAAAGGUUAAGUAAAUUGCUGCUGGCUAAUCUUAAGUCUUGGUAAACUGUUUUUUCUUGUGAAAUUCCAGUAUUUUUCUUGAAAAUAACUUUUUUCUUGGAAACAAAAAUCUUGUAAUAUUUUGACAUUUUUCUUCUUCUUUGUGCCCCUAAAAUGAUUGAUGUUCUCAUGACAGUCCCUGAAUGUGUCAUUUCAAGUUACUAUGUUGUCACUUUAGGCCAAAUAUGAAGUGUUGCGGUUAAGACGCAUUAAAACUUUGGAUAUGGGUUUUCAAUGCCAACGUCAGAAAACUACAGGACGUGAUAAGACUUUAUGGCACUUUAAAAUGCCCCAGUCGCCUCAAUAAUAUUACUCAAAACAUCACUGCCACUUUGACAAUGCCUGAUUUUGGGAAGUAUUGAAGGAGUUUCAAUUAGAUUUUUCAACAAGACACUUAAGAUGCUCACUUUCUUGCUGGAGAAAUAAAAUAUGAUCCAAUACGCAAAAGUUUUACAGCAAGCAUUUUUAAUAUAUAGAAAACUGAAUGAAAAAUAAACAUGACUGCACGCGGUCAAUAAGUUUUCAAUCU